UGCACCUGCGUUCACCUCGAAGCAUUUGAGCUUGCCAAUAUCCAACGACAACCAAAAUAAUCUACAAGAUGAAGCGCAAGGCGGACGAAACCGAUGCGCCUACCGCUGGUGCUGCGAAAUCCGGCUCUACUGACGAAUUUUCUUUUACCGACUUGGAUCUCGACCCUCGUCUAGUUCAGGCUGUGGCCAAGCAAAAAUUUCUAAAACCGACAUUGGUCCAACGACAAGCCAUCCCUCUCGCUCUCAAGGGCCAAGAUGUGCUUUGCAAGGCCAAGACUGGCUCUGGAAAGACGGCUGCCUAUGUGCUGCCUGUCUUGCAAGGAAUUCUGAAGAAGAAGGCGACCGACUCCGAACCCGCUACAACUGCUCUUAUCCUCGUCCCGACCCGCGAACUUGCCGACCAGGUCUUCAAGGCCAUUGAAAAGUUUGCUUCGUUCUGCGCAAAGGACAUUCGCGCUGUCAAACUCACCGACAAGCUCUCCGAUGCUGUCCAGCGAUCCCUCCUCACCACAUCCCCCGACAUUGUCAUUUCGACGCCCUCAAGAGCCUGGCACAACGUCAAUGGCAACUCAUCAGCGCUGUCAUUGGCCAAGCUCUCAUAUCUGGUACUUGAUGAAGCGGAUUUGUUGCUAUCCUACGGUUACGACAGCGAUCUGGAGAACCUGUCAUGGUCCAUCCCCAAGGGCAUCCAGACCAUCAUGAUGAGCGCCACCUUGACAUCCGAGGUGGACUCGCUCAAGAAGAUUUUCUACAAGGAUAACCAGCCUGAGUUGUUGGAUCUCGAGGAGCCUGAGGCUGAGGGUGAAGGAAUCACACAGCUAGUUACAAAGUGCGGCGAGGACGAAAAGUUUCUUUUGGCAUACAUUAUCUUCAAGCUACGCCUGGUCAAGGGCAAAUGCAUUAUUUUUGUCGACGACAUUGACCGCUGCUACCGACUAAAGCUUUUCUUUGAACAGUUUGGCAUCCGCAGCUGUAUUCUCAACUCGGAGCUGCCCGUCAACAGCCGAAUCCACGUUGUCGAGGAAUUCAACCGAAACGUCUACGAUAUCAUUAUUGCUUCUGAUGAGAAGGAGAUUCUAGGAAACGAGGGCAAGGCCGAGGAGGAGCAAGCUGAGGACGUCGAAGAUGAAGAAGACGGCGAGACCGAAACCAAGAAGGACAAGUCGAAAAAGAAGCGCAAGAACCAAGACCCCGAGUACGGUGUAUCGCGUGGUAUUGACUUCAAGAACGUUGCCGCCGUCAUCAACUUCGAUCUCCCCACCUCCGCCUCUUCCUACACUCACCGAAUCGGCCGCACGGCCCGUGGUGGACAAUCGGGCAUGGCCAUGUCCUUUGUUGUCCCCAAAGAACUCUACCGCAAGCACGUCCCGACAUCCAUUGCCAGCGCAGAAAAGGAUGAAAAGGUCCUGGCACGUAUCAUGAAGCAGCAGGCCAAGAAGGGCAAAGAGAUUAAACCGUACAACUUUGACCCCGAGCAGGUCGACUCAUUCCGCUACCGUAUGAACGAUGCCCUCCGUGCUGUUACCAAGGUGGCUAUCCGUGAGGCGCGAACCAGAGAGCUGCGUCAGGAGCUUCUCAAGAGUGACAAGCUAAAGCGCUACUUUGAAGAGAACCCCAACGAGAUUUCACACCUUCGCCACGACGGCGAACUCCGCACGGCCCGCCAACAGGCCCAUCUCAAGCAUAUCCCCGAAUACCUGCUGCCCAAGGACGGCAAGAAGGCACUGGCUGCCAAGAUUGGGUUUGUGCCCAUGCGCAGAACAGACGACAAGGGCCGCCGAAGCAAGCGCGGCGUGGCGAAGCGCGGAGGCCGAGUCGGGUCUCGCAAGGGCGAUCCGCUCAAGACAUUCAAGGCGAGAAGAAAGACAAAGUAAUCGAUUUGAGUCAUGAGGAAAAAAAGAAGCAGGAGAGGGGUGAGAAAAAAAAGGGCAUGGCAUUGUAUGUAACGGGUUAUCUUUUUUUUUGUAGUGUAUUUUUCGGUGCUUAUGGGAACGGGUAGUUAUUUGUUCAAAAAUUACAUUGCAUCUUUUAUUUUAUGGAAUUGUUACAGACUAUGAAA